CAGGAAACGAGCAGUUUGCGAGAACUACACAGGAAAUAGGAAGGCCAGAUAGAGCAGAGCCUAGUGAUCAAGAAAAGGCAUACGGAAUUGAACGGCUGAAGAAGUUAGGGGCUACAGUGUUUGAGGGUUCCACAGAUCCAGCUGAUGCAGAGAAAUGGUUGAAUAUGCUUGAAAAGUGUUUUGAUGUGAUGAAUUGUUAUGAGGAGCGAAAGAUUAGAUUGGCCACAUUUUUGUUGCAAAAAGAGGCUGAAGGAUGGUGGAAAUCUAUAUUAGCAAGGCGCAGUGAUGCACGUGCUUUUGACUGGCAGACUUUUAGAGGCAUAUUCGAAAAUAAGUAUUAUCCCAGCACAUACUGCGAAGCCAAGAGGGAUGAAUUUCUGGGGUUGAAACAAGGAUCACUUUCAGUGGCUGAGUAUGAGAGGAAGUAUACCGAGCUUUCACGGUAUGCUGACGUUAUUGUAGCUUCUGAGAGUGACAGGUGCCGAAGGUUUGAAAGAGGGUUGCAUUUUGAAAUACGUACCUCAGUUACAGCCAUUGCUAAGUGGACGAAUUUCUCUCAGUUAGUGGAGACUGCCCUUCGUGUGGAGCAGAGUAUAACAGAAGAGAAAUCGCAGUGGAGCUUAGUCGUGGGACUUCAACAGCUAGUGGAUUUAGAGGCCGUGAGCAGCGGAGGUUCACGCCUGGGAUAAAUAUUUCAAGCCAUCAAGAUUUUAAGAAUCGCUCUGGAGGCCAAGCAUCGAGUAACAUGAGUUAUGGUAGUGUUUUUCAGAGACAGAGCCAGAGAAUACCUAGUCAACACAUUAGAUCAACAAUAAGAUCGCAACCAGGUCAGGAGUCCAUUGCUAGUACCGUCAGGCGAACACCAUGCACGAGUUGUGGCAGGAACCAUCGGGGUCAGUGUUUGGUAGGUGCCAGUGUAUGUUACCAGAGCGGACAGCCAGGACAUUUCAAGAAAGAUUGUCCGCAGUUGAACAUGACAGUUCAGAGAGAUCAGGGAGUUGGGUCCUAGACAAUUGAGCAAUCGAGAGUUUCAGUGGUUCCAACAGAGGGCACCAGUGGUAUAAGGCAAAAGGGAGUUGUUAAAAGACCUAGGAAACAAGGAAAAGUCUAUGCUAUGACUCAACAAGAAACGGAGGACGCACCAGACGUUAUUACUGGUAGAGAUCGAGUUCCCGGUGCCUGAUAGACUGCCUUAGUCUGCUGAAGCUUCAUUAUCGAUUGCCAGUACGUGUUUUGAGUUGGGCAUAGAGUCUGUUGUGUUGUGAUGUAUAUACACCCUUGUAUGUUAUAGAUACUCCACAGUUUGUAUAAGCUUUAGGAGCUGUAGUUGUGUAAAUUUUGUUGGUUAUAUUUUGAUUGAGGUGUCUUUAGGUUUACUCGUGAAAUCGGUAAAUUGUGAGGUACACUUCAUGUAUGUGUUUGACUAGCCUAGGAUCCGCUGUGUUUUGUUGCAUGUAUAAUAGUUUAUAUACUAGAUCGGCAAGUUCAUCACAUGAAAGUUUUAAGCAGAGUCGACAGAUACAGGUACAGAAAAGCGUUGUUCGUCAGCUUCACGCCAUCUUUCGGUCUAAGGUAGCAGGUAGUCCGGGAGGGGGUGUGACAAUACUAAUCUUCACGGAUCAUAAAAGCUUGAAAUACUUCUUCACUCAGAAGGAAUUGAAUAUGAGACAGCGAAGAUGACUUGAAUUAGUGAAGGAUUACGAUUGUGAGAUAUUGUAUCAUCCAGGAAAGGCGAAUGUGGUAGUUGAUGCCCUUAGUAGAAAGGUAUCACAUUUAGCUGCUAUGGGCACAAGGUUAGACUUUAGUAUGGCUUUCCACCUACAGACUGAUGGUCAGACUGAGCAUCUGAACCAAGUUUUAGAGGAUAUGUUACGAGCUUACGCAUUAGAAUUCCCAGGUAGUUGGGAUUCUCACUUGCAUUUGAUGGAAUUUGCUUAUAAUAACAGUUUUCAAGCUACCAUUGGCAUGGCACCAUUUGAGGCCUUGUACGACAAAUGUUGUAGAUCCCAUGUUCGCUGGGAUGAGGUUGGUGAACAGAGAUUGAUGGGUCCUGAGUUAGUUCAGUCUACUAACGAAGCGAUAAAGAAAAUUAGAUCAUGUAUGCAGACCGCACAGAGUACGCAGAAGAGUUAUGCUAAUGCGAGACGAAAGGAUCUUGAGUUUGAUGUGGGGGACAAAGUGUUCUUGAAAGUAGCACCUAUGAAAGAUGUCUUACGAUUUUAGAGGAGAGGAAAGUUAAGUCCUCGUUUUAUUAGGCCGUUUGAGAUUCUAGAGCAAAUUGGCCCUGUAGCAUAUCGCGUGGCGUUGCCACCAUCACUCUCGACAGUUCAUGAUGUGUUCCAUGUUUCUAUGUUGAGGAAGUAUGUGCCAGAUCUAUCCCAUGUAGUGGAUUACGAGCCAUUAGAGAUUGAUGAAAACUUGAGCUAUACAGAACAACCAGUUGAGGUGUUGGCUGGGAAGGUGAAGAUGUUGAGAAACAAAGAGAUCCCUUUAGUUAAAGUCUUAUGGCGAAAUCACAGGUUGAAGAGGCUACGUGGGAGAGAGAAGAUGACAUGAAAGCUCGUUACCCAGAGUUGUUCGAGGAAUAAAACUUUCGAGGACGAAAGUUCCUUAAGGAGGGAAGAAUAUAAUGCCCCAAAUUUUGAGGUAAGUUUUAACAUUUUAUGUUAAU